AUGGUUUUUACCCUGAAACAGUGUCAGAGAUUAUAUAAUAAAGUUUUGACUUUGAUUUUUUAUAUAUAAGAUAUUGUAAAGUUUUGUCAGAGAUUAUAAUUUAUAGGGUAUAUAGUAGUGUAUAGGUUCUGAACAGUGUUUUGGUUUUGGGUUAAAUGAAAGUGACUUUGAAGUGUUUGUGCUUUGGUCUGUGUGAAUGUGUCUUUAUUACAAUAGCGUAAAAGGGUCUUUCUUUUUGCUGUUUUUACUGUUAAUGUUUCAAAGGUUUGAUGGGUUCAUGCUGCUGUGUUGUGUUUGGGUUGUGUUGCAUUGUAUUACAUCCUCGGUAAUCUGAGAGAAUUCAUGGCUAUGUUGUUGUUACAGCUUUUUCAUGUACCUUUUUUCUUGGGGUUUGUAUCUAAUAUCUAUACUAUACUGUAUAGUGUAUAGUAUACUAGUACUACUGCCCUUCUUCUUACUGAUAGUUAUUUCAUCAGAGGUUUCAAGAAAAAUAUUGAAGACUGAAUAUAUUGUGUUGUGAAUGGCAUCAACAUCUUGUGUUAUGAAGACUCCAUUAGCUAUGAAAGAGACGGGUUCAAGCUGUGGUCAAUAUCCUCCUCCUAUGGCAACGUAUGAAGAGGUUGUAGACAAUCCUAAGCUCUUUUUGCAUAGCUUGGAGAAGCUCCAUGCUACUAUGGGCACCAAGUUCAUGGUUCCUAUUAUUGGGGGAAAGGAGUUGGAUUUACACCGCCUCUUUGUUGAAGUGACUUCUCGUGGAGGGAUUGAGAAAAUCAUUAAAGAGAGAAAAUGGAAAGAUAUAACUUUAGUUUUCAAUUUUCCAUCAACGGCUACAAAUGCUUCUUUUGUGCUGAGGAAGUACUAUACUUCAUUACUCUACCAUUAUGAGCAAAUCUAUUAUUUUAAAGCUCAUAACUGGACCCAUGCAGCUUCUGAUGUUUUGCAGAGUCCAUCAUCCACCCCAGUUUCUGCUCCGAAGAUACCGUUUUCGCAUCCUUCAUCUGAAGCUCAACCAGCUGCCGUUCAGCCGUUAAAUGUUAAUGCUGCUAGACUGCCUGAAGCAAUGGCAUCAUCUUCGGCAGGGUCUCAUGUUGUCGGGGUCAUUGAUGGGAAAUUCGAAAGUGGCUAUCUAGUUACUGUCACAAUCGGUUCGGAGAAACUCAAGGGUGUACUUUAUCAAGCUCCACAAAAUGCUGCUGUGUUGCCAGCACCGCCAGCACCCAACCAGAGUGCUUCGGAUAUUAACAACAACGCUGGUGUCCAUCGUCGCCGGCGUAGGAAGAAAUCAGAAAUGAAAAAGAGAGAUCCUGCUCACCCAAAACCAAACAGAAGUGGAUACAACUUCUUCUUUGCAGAACAACAUGCUAGGCUUAAACCUCUUAACCAAGGGAAGGACCGAGAGAUCAGUAGGACCAUCGGUGAACUCUGGAACAAGUUAAACGAAUCUGAAAAAGCAGUUUAUCAAGAACAAGCCAUGAAGGACAAAGAGAGGUACAAAACAGAAAUGGAGUCUUACCGCGAGAAAUUGAAGAUGGAUCAAGUCAUUAGUGAUGCGAUGCCACUUCAACAGCGACUUCCUGAAGCCGAUACGGACAUGUUGAAUGCUGAUAUGAAAUUUGAUGAAGCUGAGGCAGAUUCUCUUCAAACACCAGAGGAGAGCAGUUCGGUCGGAAGCGAGUAUGAAGAUGAUAAAGGCAUGGAGAAAGAUUUUAGUGUGGAUGCAUUUCCUGUUAUAGGAGUUGGAGCUGAGGCUAUGGAUUCAGUAGAGAAAUCAUCCAAGGGGGGCUUAUGAGGUUCUUGAUUAAGUUCUUAAAAGAAGUUGGAGGAGAAGAGAAAUUAACUGGCACUAAGGUAGCACAUAAGUAGAUUUUCUUAGGAAUAUUUUUAUAUGUUUCAUUGCAUUGGAGACUUUGAGGUAGGAUGAAAUUGCAGUGAUUACCUGCUUGCUGAUUAUCAUAGUGAUCAACCGGGCUUGGUCAUUUUAUUAUUCAAUUUAAGGUGCUCAUUUUGGCUUAAUAGUUA